AGCAAUCAAGGUGAUUGGUUCCACCUGAUCACAUCAGUCAGAGUGCUUCAGCAGAUUUGUUGGAUGGGAUUCUCUUAUUUUUACUCUACUGGCUCAAAUCUGCUUUCCUCUACAGGGUGUAGCUUCUUUAUCUUCUCCGAGCUGUCCUUUUGGGAAACUAAAGGGCCUCUUUAUGUGAAGGAAACGCCUCUUGGCUCACAGCAUGAUGGAUGUUUAGAUGUGAAUACUGGAGCCAGAGCCCACCCCGACAGGCAUGUAUAAAACUUCUUAGCCGCAGGCAAACUUUCAGUUGGGGGCCUGGCGAAGAGCAGAGACGCAGAAACCUGGCAGAAUCGGAGAUGGCAUCCUUAGGUCUGCAGAUUCUCGGGGUGGCUCUGGCCGUGCUCGGGUGGAUGGGAAACAUCCUGAUCUGCGUGUUGCCCCUGUGGAAGGUCUCUGCUUUCAUUGGGAACAACAUUGUUGUGGCACAGACCAUCUGGGAAGGCCUGUGGAUGAGCUGCGUGGUACAGAGCACAGGCCAGAUGCAGUGCAAGGUCUACAACUCCCUCCUUGCUCUGCCUCCAGACCUCCAGGCAGCUCGAGCCAUGAUCGUCAUUGCCAUCCUCUUCUCUCUGUUUGGUCUUCUGUUGUCUGUAGUCGGUGGCAAAUGCACCACCUGCAUCGAGGACGAAACUGCCAAAGCCAGAGUGUGUAUCUCUGCGGGGAUUUUCUUCCUCCUGAGUGGGGCUCUGUGCCUUGUGACCGUCUCUCUGCCAGCCAACACCAUCAUCAAGGAUUUUUACAAUCCCAUGAUUCCUGAUGCCCAAAGGAGAGAGCUGGGUGCCUGUCUGUAUGUCGGCUGGGGAGCAGCAGGACUGUUGCUGAUCGGUGGGGCUCUCCUGAGCUGUCAGUGCCCAUCAGGACGUGAACGCUACAACGGAGUAAAAUACUCUGCACCUAAGUCCACAACAGCAGGAAAGGAGUUUGUCUGAGCUGCUGAAAAAUAAAAGGCAGUACUAAGAAAGGAGGAAAGAACAGAACAAACAGGUCUCUUUUCAAGAGGUGAUUUGCAUUUUAACUAAUUUUCUUUGACUAACACAGACUGGCUUUUUGUUUGUGAAAGAUAGAUUGAUUAGCUCAUGAAAUGUUAAGACUUUGCGACUGCUCGCUUACUUGUUGAUUGUGAUGUCAGAUAUUUUCUAACUCAACAGAGGAUUGGUUUUGCAACAUUGGGACUUGUCUUUAUCUGAGAUGUAUUUUUUAGGGUUAUUUUUUAUUAAAAUAAACAAAUUUUAUGUCGAAAAUGUG